GAUAAGAGAUCGUAGUUCGUGGUGUAUAUGGAGAUAAUUGAACACCUAAAAUGACAUUCUUGACAAAUUUUCUGGUCUAUGUUUGGUGUCUUGGAGGAUUUUCAUACUGUUUUCAAGUGGAUUCUUUGUUAGAAGAUGAAAUUAAGAAAAUUGAGGAACUAGCGUCCCUUUAUACAAAACAAAAUAAUACGUUUCACGAGGAAUUUAAUCUCGUUGAGAUGGAAUUGGAAUUAUUGAAAGCUGACCUUAAUGUGCCCUUGGGAAAAAGUAAACAUGCACAAACGACGAAAACCAAUGCCAAGUGGAAUGCGCAAAAGAAAGAAACGAGAAGAGAAAAUCGAGCCCAACCAUCGACACCAACUGUGGGUUUUUCGGCUACAAUGAUUGAACACAAUCAAGAUAUGAACCUACAAGAUACGGUUAAGUUUCAGAAUUUGGUGACCAAUGACGGAAAUGGAUUUGACCAUAUUUCUGGAAUUUUUAGAGCACCUGUACGCGGAUUAUAUUUUUUCAGCGUCAUCAUAUUAAGUCAUGCAGGAGAAGACAUGGAAACUGAAAUUGUCAAAAAUGGAGAUGGUUUUUUCAGAACGUAUUCUGGAGAUUCAACCACAUGGAAUGCAGGAAGACAGUCGACUGUCUUGCAGCUUGAUACAGGAGAUCAAGUAUGGAUACGGAUAUUAAACCUGGUGCCAUCAGUCAAUAAUGGAAAUGUAAGAAUAUUCGGAUACGGAUUUUCAUCUUUUUCCGGAUUUUUAAUAUCAAAAUAA